AUGGAUGGACGCUUCGAGAAUGCCCCCGAGAGGACGAUGGAACUUCACAACGACGACGUUGACCAACAGGCUUCGUCUUCACUAGCCGACCAGCAUCUGCCCCAGCACAUCCCCGUGGACACGGGCAACACCAGACGGCGACGGGACUCGUCUUUACCGAACUGGACGCGGAAACGGCACCGCGCAAACCUCCAAACUCACCUACAUAUCGAAAAGUUAGCCUACAGUCUAGGGCGGCAGACUCUCGAAACCAGCUCGUCAGGCCCAUCUGUCCAAUCGCUCGUACCAUUAUCAACACUCAUCCUCCAAGAUGGCGACCCUGGUAGCGUAGCCAGCGAUUCAACAUCCAUUAUCGACAGUCGCCAAGCCACCCUAAUACAACCAUCAGUCGCCAUCGACUGGACAUGCCACCCGAAUACUCACUUGGGAAUUGCAUCGGAUCAUGUAGUUCCUAGCCUAGGACAGACACCUUUAUGUCAACCUGGGUCUCACAAUGAACCAGUUACCCAACCCUCAAGUGCCCAAAUACUUAACCGGGUCAUGGAAGUAGACGACUCUCCCAUCGAAGUAGAUGACAAGCUCGUGGACCCGGACGAGGGUUAUUUUGACAAGGCCCAGAAGGAGAUCGAUGAGGCGCUCUCUGUAUUAUCCAACCACCGAAAAAGCGGGCGACUUCCUUACCGAUCUUCCCAAGAGGCGGCCUUGAACUGCCCCCAUGCUAUUCGCAACAUCCCACGUAUGCGGAGGCGGAAACACAAGGUUGACAAGCGACAACAUCGAGCACUGUCCGAAUCUUCACAAACCGCCAGACAAGCCAGAACGAGCGACGCCGCAGGACCAUCCGUAGCUAUGUCUUCCGACGCACGAGAUACUCUCAUGAGGAUCGGCAUCGAUCAUCACGCGUCUAGACUGAGCGCGGGAGAGGAACACCCAGGAGUAUGA